GCUUAUACUAAAUGAAUCCACAUCCAAUAGGCAUGCAGUCCAAGCGGAUAUUAACGCGCUCUCCAUGAGCAACCAGGGAGAUAUAUCAAAUUCACUAAAUCUGUCUUAUGAUUCAAUGCGACAUUAAGUUGACGCUAUUAAAUUGUUGACUUGCUCGCCUUUUCAAUAACAUUUGAAAUCCAAGAUCCAAAAGUUCUGGUCGUCCUAACAGCGCAUCACUUCGGAAAACUCUCCUCAUCCAAACGGUGCUGGGCAAAACAAUGUGGCUCGCGCGAACCCUCCUCGCUAUGGCACUUCUUUGCGCACCGGUUUCAAGCCUCUGCUUAUCAACGUACGACCCCGAAUCUAACUUUCUCUGCAACAACCAGGUGUUCUCCGAGACGAAUGGUAACGGACAACCGACAAACUCCCUGCAGGACAGUGUAAACCUGCUGUAUAAAUCAGCGCACGCGCUUUCCUCUGAGGAGCCGCGCGAGAGGAGGACGGUACCCGCGUCCAAAUACAGAUUAUUGAGCCAGACGCAGCUCAGGAGUAAACUCUACCGCAACAGUGCCAACAGCGACAGACGCAGUCAGGUCACUCUUUCCCUCGAUGUUCCCACCAACAUUAUGAACAUCCUCUUCAACAUUGCCAAAGCCAAGAACCUGCGCGCGAAGGCGGAUGACAACGCGCGCCUGCUGGCGCAGAUUGGAAAGAGAAAAUGAACUGUCAUUGAUGUCACUAACUUGACUUUAGCACAUGUGUUUUUGUGACCAACGGAGGCAUGUUAUCUCUAAUUUAAUAUUGUAAUAAAUGUGUUUGUUUUUUUCAGUUGCAUAACAAUACUGCAAUUGCAAUUUUCAGUAAUAAUAGCAAUACUGAAAGUACUGUAGUCUAAUAUGAAAAUAAGUGUCUUCAACGGGUUUGCAUUUAUCACCCACGAAAACGCACAGUCAAAUGAUGUAAGAAAACAAGCUUGUUCUUGUCAGAUUGGUUAAAAGAUGUCAAUUUGAAAGUUUUCCCCCCUCAUAUUUUCAUGGAUGGAUUAAUUUACUCUAUUAAGAAGGGUAUUAUUUUAAAAUUGGCUUAUUACUGCAGUGGGACUCGUCACAUUUGAAAAUAAUUAUUUGUCUAUUUCAAAGCACAAACUUCAAAGGGACAUAUGAUUGGAGGAUCAAAUUGCGGAUCAGAGGGAAAUGCGACAUAUUCCGCAGUUCUCUUUCAUGACUCCCCAUUCAUUUACACACAUAUGUGAUCCAAGUCUGUUAUUCACAGAUGAAAGUUGACGUGAUUAUUACUGAAAAUUACUCCUUUUCAUUGAUUAAGAUACACGACUGGAGGGGUUACAUAUGUCUGAGGAUGAUUACGUUCUGAAAACUUUGGGUUGAUUAGCCGAUGGUUGAAUAUUUUUGUACUGAAUAUAAUAAUAAUAUUUUAUUUUAUUUAUUUAUUUAUUUUUGUGGAUAAAGAAAAGCAAAUUAAAUCAAAAGUCCAUUCGAAGCAUUUGAUGUGAUCACAGAUCAUUUCUUUGUAUUACACAUAAAAAACUGCAUAGACAGAUUCUGUGUUUGCCAUUAGCCUAUUAUCUCUGUCAAGUGAAUGUAUGAAAUAUGGGAUUAGUUUCACGUGAUGUUAAAAUUCUCUUUUUCAUAUACAAAACUCAACAGAGCAUUGGAAUAGGACAAAUAUUAAAAAUGACUAGGCCUAUUAAAAAUCCAAAUUCUAAUAAACAGUCCCUAAUAUUGUGUAGGUCCCCUCGUGCAGACAAAACAGCGCCAACCUGCAGCUCAUAAUAUAUUCUGAGAUGAUAUACAGAAAUACUCAAACCAGCCAGUCUGGCACCAACAAUCAUGCCACGGUCCAAAUCACUGAGAUCACAUUUUUUCCCCAUUCUGAUGGUUGAUGUGAACAUUAACUGAAGCUCCUGACCCAUAUCUGCAUGAUUUUAUGCACUGCACUGCUGCCACAUGAUUGGCUGAUUAGAUAAUCACAUGGAUGAUUGUUGGUACCAGACAGGCUGGUUUGAGUAUUUCUGUAACUGCUGAUCUCCUGGGAUUUUCAUGCACAAAAGUCUCUAGAAUUUACUCUGAAUGGUGCCAAAAACAAAAAACAUCCAGUGAGCAGCAGUUCUGUGGAUGGAAACGCCUUGUUGAUGAGAGAGGUCAACAGAGAAUGGCCAGACUGGUUCAAACUGUCAAAGUCUACGGUAACUCCGAUAACCGCUUUGUACAAGUGUGGUGAGAAGAGUAUCAUCUCAGAAUGCUAUUUUGAGAUGCGGGUUGGCGCUGUUUUGGCAGCACAAGGGGGACCUAUACAAUAUUAGGCAGGUGGUUUAAAUGUUGUGGCUGACCAGUGUGUGUGUGUGUGUGUGUGUGUGUGUGUGUGUGUGUGUGUGUGUGUGUGUAUGUGUGUAUAUAUAUAUAUAUAUAUAUAUAUAUAUAUAUAUAUAUAUACAGUACUGUGCAAAAGUCUUAGGCACAUAAGAUGUUUCAUAAAAGCAUUUGUCUUAAGAUGGUUAUUUAUAUCUUCAUCUUUAGUGUGUCAAUAGGAAAUAUAAAUGUUAGACUCCCAAACAUAACUUUUGCAAAUAGAAAAGAUUAUAACAGAAGAACAGGGAGCCCUGCAAUAGAUGUCAUGGCCCCCACAAAGCCCCCCAGUAAACAUCGUGUCAGUCUGAGAUUACAAAAAAGAGACAGAAGCAAUUGAGACAGCCUAAAUAGAUAGAAGAACUGUGGCGAAUUCUCCAAGAAACUCGGAACAUCCUAUCUGCCAACAACCAAGAAAAACUGUGUCCAGGUGUACCUAGGAGAAUUGGUGCUGUUUUAAAGGCAAAGGUGGUCACACCGAAUAUUGAUUUAGCUUUUUUAUGUUUACUGGACUUUGUAUGACAUUAAAUGAUAAAUGAAAACUA